UCUCGCCGCGCGCGGGCGCGGAAUUCGCUGGGCAUAAGUGUGGCUUCGGGCCGGCGCUUCCCGUCCGACACCGGCGCCUUCGCGGACUGGGUCGCGUCCUCCGCCGCGGCCGCCGCCGCCGCGGGGGGCAGCAGGGGGGACGACCUCUCGCUCGGCUUCAAUGCCGGCGCCGCGGCGGCCGCGGCCGCGGCCGCCUCCGGCGCCGCGCUGGGGGCGGGGUUGUGGGGCCCGGCGUCGGCCUCCUCGUCCCCCGCCUCGCGCCAGGCGGCCCUGAACUACGGCAUGGCGGCCGGCGACGUGGGGAUGGUGGUGGUCGCCCCCGCCGCGUCGUUCCACCACACGCACCACCAUCACCACCACCACGACGCGGCCGCCGCGGCGGCUGCCUCCGACGCCAUCUUCCCGCUGCUCUCCGCGGGCCCCUGCGUGCUCGACCCCGAGGCGGCCAAGGCGGCCGCCGCCAGCGGCGGCAUCCAGUUCUGGCAGUCCGCGCAGCACCAUCAGCAGCAGCACUCGCCGUCGGCGGCGGGCGGCGGUGGCGGCAACCCUAACCCUAGCCCGGGCCCCUUCUACUUUAAGAAGCCCGUCCAGAUGCUCGACGCCGGCGGCGACGGGUCCUCCGGGUCGGGCACCACCACCUGCCAGGACUGCGGCAACCAGGCCAAGAAGGACUGCACCCACAGCCGGUGCCGCACCUGCUGCAAGAGCCGCGGCUUCGACUGCUCCACGCACGUCAAGAGCACCUGGGUCCCCGCCGCCCGCCGCCGCGAGCGCCAGCACCUCGGCGGCUCCGCCUCGUCCCCCGCCAACGCCUCCACCGCCGCCGGAUCGAAGAAGCCUCGCCUCCUCUCCUCCCAGCAGGCCACCACCUCGCACACCUCCACCUCCAACGCCACCACGCCGCGCAGCUACGACACCACCUCCAGCCAUCAAGACGCGUCGUUCAGGGGGUACCUGCCGCGGCAGGUGCGCGCGCCGGCGGUGUUCAGGUGCGUGCGCGUGACGUCCGUCGACGACGGCGAGGACGAGUACGCGUACCAGGCCACGGUGACCAUCAACGGCCACGUCUUCAAGGGCUUCCUCUACGACCAGGGCGUCGACGACGGCCGCGCCAGCAAUGACAUGGACUCGAGCACCGGCGGCGCCGUGCCCAACAUGUCCGAGCUCCACCUCGGGGGCGGCGGCGGCAAUGCCGCGAGGGGAGGUGGGGGGUCCUCCUCGAUGGCGCCCUCCGACAUGUACGGCGGCGGUGGCGCCGGAGGAGCAGGCGGAGGGGGAGGAGGCCAGCAGCACAUACUUGGCGGCGGGUCCAGCUAUGGUAACACCAUGAACUGAGCCGAGCUGCUAGAAGAGUAAGGUCACAUAGUAGAUCAUUACUACAGUACCAUUCUUUCCUUUCUUCUCUUCAUUGCUAGUAAGUACAAACCUGUCAACCCUCUCAUGGCCGGGGUGGAAUGCAAUGCAUGGUGUUCGCCAUUAAUUUGUUCAUGCUGUAUGACAUCAAGUGUUAAUCGUUCCUAGUCUAGUCCAGCCCAGUCCUCCUAGUAGCACCAGUUGCUUAAUUUUCUAGCAGUACUAAUGUACUCUUAGAGAAGAAUAAUUGUCAAUUAGGAAUGUUAAACAAGAUAAUGAAGAUCAAAUCAACAGUAGUACUUUGCACAAUGAA